UUCGCAAGCGACACCUAGCAGCAUUAAGUGUAAAUGAACGGUGUAUCACAGAAAAUGUCAUGAUAUUUUCUUAAUCGGUGAUCAAAUCUCGAUCACGCUCAAAAUUUUAAUCCUCACCAUUGGAACUGCUCGUUCAGGAUCGUAAUACUUUAGGCAAUAUUUUACUACAAAAAACUGAGUAAAACCUUUUGCCUUGUCUGGUUGUUGGUAUAUUACUCUUGUGAUUACCAUAUGGAUCACAGAAUGUAGACACACAUUCAAUUAUAUUGCAUGAUUUCUACUAAUCUGAAUCCAUGAAUGCUAUUAGCUUGUGGUAUGUUACUAGCUAAGGUGUAUCCUUGCAAAUUUCCAAGAUAUGUACAUGAACAUAGAGAGUUGAUACGGUUUUUAUUUCUGAUCAACAUGCCCAAGAAAUUUGUUGGAGAGAACAGCAAAGCUGUUGCUGCCAGAGCAAGAAAGGCAGCAGCCAAGGAAGCUGAAUCUACAAGAAAAGCUUUAGAAGCUGAAGAGAAGGCCUGGCAGGAUGAUGAUAAGCAAGUGUUGAAGAAAAAGCAAAAACAGGAAGAACUGGAAAAGAAACGUCAACAACAAUUAGAAAAGAAAGCAGAGGUUAAAGCUUUGCUUGAAAAAGAAUUGGCAACUAUAAAAGUGGGCGGCAAGCAACCUGCUGCAAAAAUUACGAGGGCAGAAAUUGUGAUUGCAACGGAAAAGCGAAAUCAGGUAGCACUGAAUAAGAAAGAGGAAGAGAAACCGAUUGAGGAAAAUUUGAAUCGAUUAACGAUCGAAGGUGAAACGGCACACGGUAUAGACGAAGCGUUGUCUGUUUUAAGUACAAAGGAACCUGAAAUCGAUCGCCAUCCUGAGAAACGUAUGAAAGCUGCGUUCGCUAGUUUCGAAGAAAGGAUGAUGCCUAUCAUUAAAGAACAAAAUCCAACGUUAAGGUUAAGUCAAUUAAAACAAAUAUUGAAGAAGGAAUGGAUGAAGUCUCCCGAAAACCCACUUAAUCAAAAAUUACUCCUGAAUCGUUGAUAUUAAAUAACUAAACAAGAACACAAACACGCAUAACGACUGAUUAAAUGGCUAACUGGAAUACAUGAAACAAGACUUAUAAAUAUAAUUAUAAAGGAUUCAAGUAUCUAUACACAAUUUUAUUGUAAACGAAUAAGUUAUACUCCACUAAAAUACAUAAAAUAACAUUGUAUAAAUCAUCUUUGGUAUAACUUAUACGCUACUACAUAGCCUCUACAUUGUAUUUUACAACUUGAUUGACAAACAAACCUUCGCUGAGGCUGCGUAAAUUUGAACAAACGUCUUAACAAUCGUGUACGUCUUUUGGCACAGUUAUCAUGCAGACUUAUACAAUUUCUUUACAAAUAUAAACGUUCUAUGAAAAGUUCGUAAAAAAGAUAAUUAUAAAGAUCGGUUACGUCAUUACAGUCGUAUAAAAAGUAUCUAUACAAACGAAUUUUCACCAAUAGAAUCUAGGUUAUGUACAAUAGAUUCCAAUCGUUGUGUCGAUGCAUUAAAUUCGCCGCAGCAAAUUAAGCAGAAGGCACCAUAUUUUUGUUGUUGUCUAACAAUGUACAAUGAGUCAAAUACCCGUACGAAGAACUUGAUUCAAAUAUAAAUCUUAUCACGUAUUAACA